CGCGGUGCCGGCGGGGCUGAUCGGCAAGAAAGGCCUGCUAGCCCGCGCCUCGCUGGGAUCGUCGCCGCCCGGGCGGGACAUUAUGCCACAGGAAGAGUGAGCUCUUGCCCUUUUUUACCAUGGAGGACUCGGGAAAGACUUUUGGAUCAGAGGAGGAAGAAACAAACUAUUGGAGAGACCUGGCCAUGACCUAUAAGCAGAGGGCAGAGAAUACACAGGAGGAACUUCGAGAAUUCCAGGAAGGAAGCCGGGAAUACGAAGCUGAAUUGGAGACUCAACUGCAGCAGAUUGAAACCAGGAACCGGGACCUAUUGUCAGAGAAUAACCGCCUUCGAAUGGAGCUGGAAUCUGUGAAGGAGAAGUUUGAAAUGCAGCAUUCAGAGGGUUACCGGCAGAUCUCCGCCUUAGAGGAUGAUCUGGCUCAGACAAAAGCCAUUAAAGACCAACUGCAGAAAUACAUCCGGGAACUGGAACAAGCCAAUGAUGACCUGGAAAGAGCCAAACGAGCCACAAUCAUGUCCCUGGAAGACUUUGAGCAGCGUUUGAAUCAAGCCAUCGAAAGAAAUGCCUUCCUAGAGAGUGAGCUGGAUGAGAAGGAGAAUCUUCUAGAGUCUGUGCAAAGGCUGAAGGAUGAAGCCCGAGAUCUGCGGCAGGAAUUGGCUGUACAGCAGAAGCAAGACAAGCCUCGGACACCCAUGCCAGGCUCAGGGGAAGCCAAGAGGACAGACAUGGCUGUGCAGGCCACAGGCUCUGUACCAUCUACUCCAAUAGCUCACCGAGGACCUAGCUCUGGUUUAAACACACCAGGAAUGUUCAGACAUGGUCUGGACAGCUCCAGUGGUGGGACCCCACUCACACCUGCAGCCCGGAUAUCAGCCCUAAACAUUGUUGGGGACCUGCUUCGGAAAGUUGGGGCCCUGGAGUCCAAACUAGCAUCAUGCAGGAACUUCAUGUAUGAUCAGUCCCCAAGCCGGACAGUCGGGCCAGCCUUGGGGCGAGGAACCAAAAACAGAGAUGGCGCUGACAAAAGGCCAGGCAGCACCAGUGUGGGCGAUAAAGGGAGAGAAAAUUGAGACCCUGUGAGACUUGUUCCCGCUCUUGACAUUCGCUCUUAGAGCCUUGGGGCCCUGUGCUAGCCACUGGGGUACUACUGUCUCAUCUGUUAAAUAUGGUUUGCUCUGUCUGAAGGUCAGGAAAACGCUUGGAGUUUGGGAAGCCAGCCUCACAGCCAGCAUCACCAACGCUGCCAUCCACCCAGGGUGUGGUCAAGCUUUUGCUUUAGGACCAGUGGGAACUGCGCCCUCACCUGUCUUCCCUACUUUAUAGUCGGCUUUUAGUCAUUUUAUUUCCAAGGUAGUUUGAGACAUAAGAGCCAGCAUCACCAGCAUUCACUGUAUGCUGUGCAUCCUAAACUGACUGAGGCUGUUGGCCGUGGACUUGGCAUCAUCCCUAUAAUGUGGCCCAGUCCCUAGCAGUGGAUGUCAUUGAAAUGAGCUCUGCCCCCAACCAGGCAGCUCUAAGGUAUGUCAUUGGCUACCUAGAGUUUUAAUGGCCUCCAGAGAUGUUGUGUAUAAUCUUCAGAGCAGGACUAAAAAGCACAGCUCCGGAGCUCUCUACAGCCUACUUCCAGCUGAAGCUGUCUUCUGGAACAUUCUCCUGGUGCUUUUACAGCACGAUUAAAUUGUAUCUAGGACUGGGAGAUUACAGAGGCAAAAGGCUAGAUUAAACUAUGGCCAUGUCCGUUUGAUGCUUCAACACUGCCUCUUAGGUCAGUGGGAGUCUAUCCUCUAUAGAUAAACCCUGACUCCUGCCUUUCCUGCCCUGAUGUUGGGGUGACAUAUGCAUCAGGACCCUGGACAACUUUCAUUGCACUGGACUUUGUUACACCAUCCAUAAGAACAUCCAGCCAGCAAGGGUUUCAUCCAGACAGCAUAGAGCAACCAGGGUGACUGACUUGUGAGCUGGAGAUCACUGCUACAUGCUCCUUGGGGGUGCGGAAAACCCAGCACUUUCAGACGCUCCCUGGGGAUGUGGAAAACCCAGCACAAGUUCUGCCAUGCCAGCUCAUCUCUCGUCUCUGGGUGUGGUGCUGCCUCACGCUUUGGUCCACAAAGAGAAAAGCAUACUAAUACCAGAGCUUGGCACCCUUCACUUAGCUACUAACUUAUUUUCUAAUUGAUAGGGAAAAACUGGGCCUAGAAUCGGACCUAGAACUUUCUGUGUGCUACUGACAUUCACAAGGUUGACAUUCACAAGGUGGUUUUAAGCUGCUUGGCUAUUUGUUCUCUUUAGACAUAAUAACCUGGGAAAAGAUGGACUUUAUUUUUUAUAAGAAAUAAAAUAAAAAGAAAUGCCUGCUC